GGAGGGAGGCAGGCAGGGGGAGAGGGAGGGAGCGAGGGAGGGAGUAAGGGGCUGGGACUGUGCUCUCUUCCUCUGCAGAAACAGCUCCCUGCCAACACAACGCGCUCAGAAUGGCUUUGAAGAGGAGGAGCAGCAGCGUUUGAACAUCUUUUUUUUUUUUUUUUUUUUCCUCCCCUCCUCCUUUUCUUACUCUUGUAGUUGGUGGAUUUUAAAAAGACAUUUAACCCUCAGAGGCUUGUCCUGGAUGCUUUUGGGUUUUCUUUUCUUUCUUCCCCCCCCGCCCCCCCUCUCUCCCGUUUCCCCCCUUCCUGUUCUUUUUUUAUGGUUUAACAGCCAGAGGUGCUGUGCUAAAUUCUUGGAAGGGGCCCGGAUGUACUGAGGAUGCAUUGCAAUUUCACUAAAGGAGGCAGUAGUGGAAAGGAUCAGUUUUUGGUGUUUGAUGCAAUAAUGGGAAUCAGGUAAUAAUAAAAGGGGAAAUUCUGCAGCUCCAUUCUUCCUCGAAUCUUACCAAGCCGAUUUUCGGAGGGAUUAAUCUGGACUCGUUUUUAAAUGGUCAAUGAAAACAAGAGGAUGUACAUUCCCGAAGAAAACCAUCAAGGUUCCAACUAUGGGAGUCCCCGUCCAGCUCAUGCCAACAUGAAUGCCAAUGCAGCUGCAGGGCUUGCCCCAGAGCAUAUCCCUACUCCAGGGGCAGCUCUGUCCUGGCAAGCUGCAAUUGAUGCUGCCAGGCAAGCCAAAUUGAUGGGUAGUGCUGGCAAUGCAACAAUAUCCACAGCUAGCUCCACGCAGAGAAAACGGCAGCAGUACGGGAAACAGAAAAAACAGGGUACCACCACAGCUACACGUCCUCCCCGGGCACUGCUGUGUUUAACACUGAAAAAUCCCAUCCGGAGGGCAUGCAUCAGCAUCGUCGAAUGGAAACCAUUUGAAAUAAUUAUUUUACUCACUAUUUUUGCCAAUUGUGUGGCCUUAGCUAUCUAUAUCCCCUUUCCAGAAGAUGAUUCCAAUGCCACCAAUUCCAAUCUGGAACGAGUGGAAUAUCUCUUUCUCAUAAUUUUUACAGUGGAAGCAUUUUUAAAAGUAAUAGCAUAUGGACUUCUCUUUCACCCCAACGCUUACCUCCGCAAUGGCUGGAAUUUACUAGAUUUUAUAAUCGUGGUCGUAGGGCUUUUUAGUGCAAUUUUAGAACAAGCAACCAAAGCAGAUGGGGGGAAUUCAAUAGGAGGAAAAGGUGCCGGAUUUGAUGUUAAAGCACUGCGGGCUUUCCGAGUAUUGCGUCCAUUACGGCUGGUGUCUGGAGUUCCUAGUCUCCAGGUUGUUUUAAACUCAAUUAUCAAGGCCAUGGUCCCUUUGUUGCACAUUGCCCUGCUGGUGCUGUUUGUCAUUAUUAUCUAUGCCAUCAUCGGACUGGAGUUAUUCAUGGGAAAGAUGCAUAAGACCUGCUACCACGUGCAAGGGGGGCUGAUAGAUACGCCCGCAGAAGAUGAUCCAUCUCCCUGUGCCCCCCAGUCUGCACAUGGGCGGCAGUGUCAGAAUGGCACCGAAUGCAAAGCAGGCUGGGAGGGACCCAAGCACGGCAUUACGAACUUUGACAAUUUCGCUUUUGCCAUGCUGACAGUGUUUCAGUGCAUCACGAUGGAGGGCUGGACAGAUGUACUCUACUGGGUCAAUGAUGCCAUAGGAAGGGACUGGCCCUGGAUCUAUUUUGUUACACUAAUCAUCAUAGGGUCAUUUUUUGUACUUAACUUGGUUCUCGGUGUACUUAGCGGGGAGUUUUCCAAAGAAAGAGAGAAGGCUAAGGCUCGUGGUGAUUUCCAGAAGUUACGGGAAAAGCAACAGCUGGAGGAGGAUUUGAAGGGAUACUUAGACUGGAUAACUCAGGCUGAAGACAUUGACCCAGAAAAUGAAGAUGAAGGCAUGGAUGAGGAGAAGCCUCGAAACAUGAGCAUGCCCACCAGUGAGACCGAGUCCGUGAACACAGACAACGUCCCUGGAGCAGAUAUUGAAGGCGAAAACUGCGGUGCUAGGCUAGCGCAUCGGAUCUCCAAAUCUAAGUUUAGUCGCUACUGGCGCCGGUGGAAUCGAUUCUGCAGAAGAAAGUGCCGUGCUGCUGUCAAGUCCAAUGUUUUCUACUGGUUGGUGAUCUUCCUCGUGUUUCUUAACACCCUUACUAUUGCCUCUGAACACUACAACCAGCCUGACUGGCUCACUGAGGUUCAAGACACUGCCAAUAAGGUGCUGCUAGCUCUUUUCACGGCAGAGAUGCUGCUGAAGAUGUACAGCCUUGGUCUGCAGGCCUAUUUUGUGUCCCUCUUCAACCGCUUUGACUGUUUCAUCGUGUGUGGAGGAAUCCUGGAAACAAUUCUGGUUGAGACAAAGAUCAUGUCACCACUGGGCAUUUCAGUGUUGAGAUGUGUUCGGCUAUUAAGAAUAUUUAAAAUCACAAGAUAUUGGAACUCCCUGAGCAACCUUGUGGCUUCACUCCUGAAUUCCGUUCGCUCCAUUGCUUCCCUGUUGCUGCUCCUCUUCCUCUUCAUUAUCAUCUUCUCACUCCUGGGGAUGCAGCUCUUUGGUGGCAAGUUUAACUUUGACGAAAUGCAGACCAGGAGGAGUACAUUUGACAACUUCCCCCAAUCCCUCCUCACCGUGUUUCAGAUCCUGACUGGGGAGGACUGGAAUUCGGUGAUGUAUGAUGGGAUCAUGGCUUAUGGCGGCCCCUCUUUUCCAGGAAUGUUGGUCUGUAUUUACUUCAUCAUCCUCUUCAUCUGUGGAAACUAUAUCCUGCUGAAUGUAUUUUUGGCUAUUGCUGUGGACAACCUUGCUGAUGCUGAGAGUUUAACAUCUGCACAGAAAGAGGAGGAAGAAGAAAAAGAAAGGAAAAAAUUAGCUAGGACUGCUAGUCCUGAAAAGAAACAGGAGAUAGAAAAAACAGCUGUGGAGGAGGAGACAAAGGAGGAGAAAAUUGAGCUGAAAUCAAUCACUGCUGAUGGAGAAUCCCCGCCUGCUACCAAGAUCAACAUGGAUGAUUAUCAGCCCAAUGAAAAUGAAGAAAAGAGCCCAUAUCCCACAACAGAAGCACCAGCAGAGGAAGAUGAGGAAGAACCUGAGAUGCCUGUUGGCCCUCGACCUCGCCCAAUGUCUGAACUGCACCUCAAGGAAAAGGCUGUGCCCAUGCCUGAUGCCAGCGCUUUUUUCAUCUUCAGUCCUAACAACAGGUUUCGUGUCCACUGCCAUCGAAUCGUUAAUGAUAACAUUUUCACCAACCUGAUCCUAUUUUUCAUCUUGCUCAGCAGCAUCUCCCUGGCAGCUGAGGACCCCGUCCGACACCUCUCCUUUAGGAACCAAAUUCUCUUUUAUUUUGAUAUAGUUUUUACUGUCAUUUUCACCAUUGAAAUUGCUCUGAAGAUCCUAGGCAAUGCAGACUAUGUCUUCACUAGUAUCUUUACAUUAGAAAUUAUUCUUAAGAUGACCGCAUACGGAGCUUUCCUCCAUAAGGGCUCCUUCUGCAGAAACUAUUUCAACAUCUUAGACCUGCUGGUGGUCAGCGUUUCUCUCAUCUCCUUUGGGAUCCAGUCCAGUGCCAUCAAUGUGGUGAAAAUCCUGCGUGUUCUGCGAGUACUUAGACCACUGAGGGCCAUCAACAGAGCCAAAGGGCUAAAGCAUGUGGUCCAGUGUGUGUUUGUCGCCAUCCGAACCAUCGGAAACAUUGUGAUUGUCACAACUUUGCUGCAGUUCAUGUUUGCCUGCAUUGGAGUUCAGUUGUUCAAGGGCAAACUCUAUAGCUGCACUGAUAGCUCCAAGCAGACAGCAGCAGAAUGCAGAGGGUACUACAUUACGUACAAGGAUGGUGAGGUCAACCAGCCAAUGAUCCAGCCCCGGAGCUGGGAGAACAGCAAGUUUGACUUUGACAAUGUCUUGACUGCCAUGAUGGCCCUCUUCACUGUCUCAACCUUUGAGGGCUGGCCAGAGUUGCUGUAUAGGUCCAUUGAUUCCCACAUGGAGGAUGUGGGACCCAUCUAUAAUCACAGGGUUGAGAUCUCCAUCUUCUUUAUUAUCUACAUCAUCAUCAUUGCUUUCUUCAUGAUGAACAUCUUCGUUGGUUUCGUCAUCGUCACAUUUCAGGAACAAGGAGAACAAGAAUACAAGAACUGUGAGCUGGACAAGAACCAGCGCCAGUGUGUAGAAUAUGCCCUGAAGGCCCGGCCUCUGCGGAGAUACAUCCCUAAAAACCAGUAUCAGUACAAAGUUUGGUAUGUGGUCAACUCCACGUAUUUUGAAUACCUGAUGUUCGUUUUGAUCCUGCUGAACACCAUCUGCCUGGCCAUGCAACACUACGGUCAGAGCUGCAUGUUCAAGGAAGCCAUGAACAUCCUCAACAUGCUUUUCACUGGCCUCUUCACUGUUGAGAUGGUCCUGAAAUUAAUCGCCUUCAAACCUAAGGGUUACUUUAGUGAUCCUUGGAAUGUUUUUGACUUCCUCAUCGUAAUUGGCAGCAUUAUAGACGUCAUUCUCAGUGAAACUAAUCACUAUUUCUGUGAUGCAUGGAAUACAUUUGACGCCUUGAUUGUUGUGGGUAGCAUUGUUGAUAUAGCAAUCACCGAGGUGAACCCAGCUGAACAUACCCAAUGCUCUUCCUCUAUGAACGCAGAGGAAAACUCUCGCAUCUCAAUCACCUUCUUCCGACUCUUCCGCGUGAUGCGUCUCGUGAAGCUCCUGAGCCGAGGGGAGGGCAUCCGGACGCUGCUUUGGACCUUCAUCAAGUCCUUCCAGGCUCUCCCCUAUGUGGCUCUUUUAAUAGUGAUGCUAUUCUUCAUCUACGCCGUGAUCGGGAUGCAGGUGUUUGGUAAAAUUGCACUGAAUGAUACCACGGAAAUCAACCGCAACAACAACUUCCAGACCUUCCCCCAAGCAGUGCUGCUGCUUUUCAGGUGUGCCACUGGAGAGGCCUGGCAGGAAAUCAUGCUGGCAUGUCUCCCAGACAAGAAGUGCGACCCCGAGUCAGAGCCAGCCAACUCCACUGAAGCCGACCACUCCUGUGGCAGCAGCUUUGCCGUCUUCUACUUCAUCAGCUUCUACAUGCUCUGUGCCUUCCUGAUCAUCAAUCUUUUUGUAGCUGUCAUAAUGGAUAACUUUGAUUACCUGACACGGGACUGGUCCAUUUUAGGACCACACCACCUGGAUGAGUUUAAAAGGAUCUGGGCAGAGUAUGACCCUGAAGCCAAGGGACGGAUCAAGCACUUGGAUGUGGUGACACUGCUCCGGCGCAUUCAGCCCCCCCUGGGCUUUGGGAAGCUCUGCCCCCACCGAGUGGCUUGCAAACGCCUUGUCUCCAUGAAUAUGCCACUGAACAGUGAUGGGACUGUGAUGUUCAAUGCCACUCUCUUUGCGUUGGUCAGAACAGCACUGAGGAUCAAGACAGAAGGUAACCUGGAGCAAGCCAAUGAAGAGCUUAGAGCAAUAAUUAAGAAAAUCUGGAAGCGCACCAGCAUGAAGCUGCUGGACCAGGUGGUGCCCCCCGCAGGUGAUGACGAGGUGACUGUUGGGAAGUUCUACGCUACUUUCCUGAUUCAAGAAUAUUUCAGGAAGUUCAAGAAACGCAAAGAACAGGGCCUGGUGGGCAAGCCCUCCCAGCGCAACGCCCUCUCCUUACAGGCUGGUUUGCGCACACUUCACGACAUCGGGCCAGAGAUCCGACGGGCGAUCUCAGGAGACCUGACAGCUGAAGAAGAGCUAGAUAAGGCCAUGAAAGAAGCUGUUUCUGCUGCCUCUGAAGAUGAUAUUUUCCGGAGAGCCGGAGGCCUGUUCGGAAACCAUGUCAGCUACUACCAAAGUGAUGGCAGGAGUGCAUUCCCCCAGACAUUCACCACCCAGCGACCUCUGCACAUCAAUAAGUCUGGCAACAACCAGGGAGACACCGAGUCUCCAUCUCACGAGAAGCUGGUGGACUCCACCUUCACUCCCAGCAGCUACUCAUCUUCAGGCUCCAAUGCCAACAUCAACAAUGCCAACAACACUGCCCUGUGCCGCUUCCCCAGCCCGCCCAGCUACCCCAGCACUGUCAGCACAGUGGAAGGCCACGGGGCCCCAUUGUCACCCACCAUCCGUGUGCAGGAAGCUCCUUGGAAACUACCUUCCAAAAGGACGCAUUACUACGAAACACUGGGACGCUCCAGUUCCAGAGACAGCCAGCUGGCAAUUGUUUGCCAAGAGGAAGUGUCUCAGGAUGAGACUUAUGAUGAAAAUUUGAAUGAAGACAUUGAGUACUGUAGUGAACCAAGUCUGCUCUCUACUGAAAUGCUUUCAUACCAAGACGAUGAAAACAGACAACUUACGCCACCAGAAAACAACAAAGGAGAGGACACCCGGCACUCUCCAAAGAAAGGGUUUCUGUGCUCUUCAGCACUAGGUCGAAGAGCAUCUUUUCACUUAGAGUGUCUGAAAAGACAGAAAAACCAGGGCGUAGACGUCUCGCAGAAGACAGUUCUGCCUUUACAUCUGGUACAUCAUCAGGCGCUAGCGGUGGCUGGCCUGAGCCCCCUCCUGCAGCGAAGCCAUUCCCCCACCACAUUCUCCCGGCUGUGUGCGACGCCGCCCGCCACGCCCUGCAGCCGCGGCUGGCCGCAGCAGGCCAUCCCCACGCUGCGUCUCGAGGGGGCAGAGUCCAGCGAGAAGCUCAACAGCAGCUUCCCAUCCGUGCACUGCAGCUCCGGCUUCCCCGACGGCACCGGCUGCAGCAGCCCAAGGAGAGCCAGGCCGGUCUCUCUCACCGUCCCCAGCCAGAGCGCAGGGAGCAGCAGGCAGUUUCACGGCAGCGCCGGCAGCCUGGUGGAAGCGGUCUUGAUUUCGGAAGGACUGAUGCAGUUUGCUCAAGAUCCAAAGUUCAUUGAGGUCACAACCCAGGAGCUCGCAGACGCCUGCGACAUGACGAUAGAAGAGAUGGAAAAUGCAGCAGACAACAUUCUCAAUGGUAACAGCAAGCAGAGCCCCAAUGGCAACCUCUUGCCUUUUGUUAACUGCAGGGACGCAGGGCAGGACAGUGCAGGCGAGGAAGAGGAAGAGGUGCAGAGCCCGGAUUGUAGAAAAAGUCAGGAGGAGCUCAAGGACAGCAGGAUUUAUAUCAGCAGCCUGUAGUUGCCAGGGCUGGAAGCGAUGCUGGUUUUUUAUUUGUUUCAAUGUUCCUAAUGGGUUUGUUUCAGAAGUGCCUCACUGUUCUCGUGACCUGGAGUAACCGGAACAGCGUUCUUCAUUCAUUUCUGUUGGGACGAGUCGCGGAGUUGGGUGGUGUCAGAGAGCUUUGCAGGAGCGGAUAUAUCCCCGGCACGUGGCCGUGAAGGAAGAGCCAGGAGGAGGAGGAGGAGAGGCAGCUCCCCUUUUCCCAGUCCCUGCCGCAGGACCGCAGCCUGCCCGCAGGCCGGCAGGACGCCGCCCCACGCCUGUACAGCUCCUUCGCACGCCCCGCGCCCACCCCGCGCACGGACUCCCAAGCCGCGCCCUCCGCCGGCUUGUGUUAUUUAAAGCGGGUUGGGUUGGGUUUGGUUUGGUUUUCUUUCUCCAUUGGCAUUCGGUAGAAGUAUAAGGAUAGCUGCGUUUUACCAACCAUUAUGUACACCGGGAGUUUGUAACUUGAUUUGCUCGCAAGCGGCAGCUCCUUUUUUUGUUGUUGUUUUGUAAUUUAACGGCAGUAGGCAAUGCACUUGAUGUAGUCUUGCACAUCCGAGUGGUCGGUUUGGGUUCCUCUUAGUGCCACGCUUAGUGGCUGUGAGCAUGGGAGCAGUGCCGAGCGAGCGUGCACACGCGUGUGUAAGGUCAGGCAGUUCUCCGCAUGCCGGCUUGGGCCGUGGGACAUCCCUACCCGGGGCCAUCCGGAUGCGAAAACAAGCCACUGUCUGUGCUUUGAAAGGGGAAUCAGUAACUCUUUGCAUUUUCUGUUCCACAAGAUAUGCAAAAACAAUGCAAUAAUGUUAAUUUUAAAAAUACAAUUGUAAGUCGUGUUGGCAUUAAAACUGUAUAGACAAAAAAUUACGGGGGCGGGGGGACAAAAAAAAAAAACAGAAGGCGUUACGCUUCGAUAUAUUCCGUGUGAUGUUUUAUUGCAUUGAUAAUGUUUCUGUUGAAGAAACCGUUAUACUUGAAUUCAGGUCAGUUUCAGUAUUUUUCAAAUAUUUUUUUAAAAUGAAUUGCAAUUGUGCCAAGCAAAUAUAAUGAAUUGAAUUAAGUUUGUUUAAAAAGACAACGAAAACCAGAAUCACUUCUUGUAUAUUUUGCUGCAUGUCAAGUGAAUCAUUUCGUAUUUGGAAUGUGCCAAGCUUUACCUUUGAACUUUUAAGUGCUUUUCUACGUGUGGUUGGGGAAAAGGGGUACUAUUUUAUUUUUUUCCUUUUUUAAUUUGUACAAUGAACAAAGUGUACCUGGUGUAAGUAACUAUUCUGCAAUCCACUGACAGGUUGAACGUUACUGAUUUUGCAUAUCUUGUGUUCAUUAUCCUUCCUCCUCACCCCCUUUAAACAUGCACGAUGACUUUAUUGGUAGAGAAUCUUUCUUCCCAAGACCGGGACAUUUUAUUCAGGCUUUGUCCUCUUUCCUAUUGCUCAGUCUCUCUAAAGGUCUCUUCCCACUAGAGGGUGGCAAGAUCCCCAAGCCCGUUUGGCAGAUCCAUCCUGCAUGUUCAGCUGGCACCAGCAAUUCAGGGAGUGGGGAAAAAUUCCUGCUUUCAAAUUGCUGUUAUUAAAUAGCUCAUACUGAUGGACCAGAACAGAAUCCUGGGAUAAGAAAAUGCGAAAAGCAGAACCGUUAGCAAAAUAAAAUUACCUAAUUCUGGACUGAAAGCACAGGGGAAGUGAGGGAGGGAGCUCUGGAUGGUUGCUUAUGAAAAUGGCCGACCUCAGGUCAAGAAGCAGAUGUGAAGUGACUUUUUUUGUGGUCCCAUUCCCUCUUCCCAGACCUUAGCCUAUGGACCAGGCUCCAAGUCACAGAACAUCUGAUGGCACGGCGUGUCCCAGACGUAUUUCCCUGCCACUGAGCGUGAACCUCCCCUGAUUUUACUCACGUUGGUGCAUGGCCCUAACCAGUGACAGAGACUGAAAAACAGGGACCUAUUAUUAGAUUUUACGCAGCUGAUUUCUGUCUAGACUACUGCUGUUUUUUCUCCCUUUUCAAGUUGUUUCACAAACUUGCAGAUCAAUGCUGAGUUAGGAGGUGUGAUCUGACUCAGAGCUAAACUUUCGUUCCAAUCUUGAGCUUCACAGAUGUUUGAGAACAUCAUUUAUUGCAUAUGCUGAUUACGUUAUUUUUGUAAUGCCCUUGGGCUUAUUUCUUGAUUCCGUUGGGGCCAUAAAGCAGAAAUAGUGAAACAUAUUUUUGAUGGUGUGCUUUUUUCAGUGUUACUUUGAUCUGACCAGUAGCACCUCAAGAUGUCUCACAAACAAAUCCUUUUAAACUAGGGAAAGAUUAAUCCAUUUAAACAACAAUCUGGCAUCAAAGUCCUAAUGCAAGAAAUCCCUGAAGAAAUCAACCACCUGAUGUCAGUCUGUCUCUUUUCUAUCCCUUUGAGAGCUGGCUGUUGGUAGUGCUGCAGUGCUCCAAAGUUAGCACGGCAGGAAAUAAUGCUGUGCCUGAAAAUGGAAGCAGUGUAAGGGCUCCCUUUCUCAUUUUCUUCUGCUAUAAAGCCCCCUGGACACUUCCAGGAGGAGGCAGAGGUGCUCUCCCACCUGAUGAGCAAAGUACAGAUCUAGAUUAGCGAAGGCAAGGGGUGUUCUGGAUGUUUGACAGUGCGUGUAAUCUUUUAGGAUUUUUCCUGGGGGGGAGGAAAAGGGUGGAAAGGAUUGUGCCCCGUGCAUUCCCAAGGAAAGCCGUGACUCCCUCAGGAGUGAGAGCCAGCAGUGGCCAGGGACAAUCCCUGCUCUGCUGGAGGAUCGCUUGGGCCCUGCAGAGGGGAAAACUUGGCUAGCCGAGCAUGCCAAUGCCUUGUGGUUCUGAGGGACGGGUGUUAAAUUCAGCAAUUGCUGGUGCCAGCUGUCCAAAUUCCUCUUUCCGGGGAGGGUGGCUUUUGUUUGCUUGUUUGUUUUUGUUUUCCGUUUGAGGUACUUCCAAUGUGCACGUUGUGACAGGCCUGAGCAAAGAGCUACUGCCUCCGGUAGGUGAGGUGGAGUCUGGGGACGGUGGGAGGGCCGGGGGGCAGGUGCAGUUCCUGGAGCGUCCUUCCUUUCCCCUGGGAGCCGACGGUGGGUUCGAUCACUGUGCUGUGGAGGAACCGCUGGCCAAGGAGUACCAUGGAAGGAAAGAAAAGAAUGGGGAAAAUGAUCUGCUGUUUGUCACUGAGCAUCUCUGACUUGCAAGAGUACGCUGCAGACUAAAGACGUUUCUUACAAAACAACAAACCUCCUCCCUUUAUCACUCCUGCUCAUUAUUCCAGGCAGCACUGGGCCAGCCACACCAGGUGCAUUUCUUUUUUCUUCCUUAUUCUGUGUGGCUGAUGUGAUGGAGAAGAAAGUGGAACUCACGGUCCGGAGCUGGAGUUUUGUUAUCCACAGACCUUUUCUGCAUCAUCUGCCUCUUUCAGCUGGACACACGAAUGACGAUGGUUUCAAUGCUGCUGCUGCUACUGCAGGGGUCCUCCAACCUGGUUUGUCACCCUGCCCACCACACCCCAGCACGGAGGGACAGCCAGAGAGGCGCCAUGUACAGAAUCGCAUCUAUUUCUGCUUUGUUUUCUGACUCAGAACCCUGCCCCCGAUGACUAUGACAACGAUGACGAAAACAACAACAAAAAAAGGGCAAAUGCAUUUUUUACAUUUCUUGAUAAUUUCCAAAGCAAUGUAUCAUUGCUUUCUUUAGACUGACGCCAAUAUAACAGUUGUAUGGGUCUCAGCCAGGCUCCUGUGUCUUUUCUGCCUGAUAGUUUCAGAUCGCUGUACGAAAUGUAUGCACGUUUGCACACAGACACAAUCGCACAAGGUGGCAGCACCACGAGCCUGUGGGGUUGUUGCCCUGUGUUGUAGAUGAAGUUGGAGGCCUUGCUUCGUAUGUCUAGAUGAGAAACCCCAACCGGUGAGCUGAAGUGAGGCAGCCCUCCUGAAACAGAACUGAGUCUCCUGAGAUAACACGCACGGUCCAGUUGGGACUGUCCUGGUGGCAGGGGUAGGGGGGGGAGAGGAAACACUGAAUGGGAAAUCUGGAGCUCAACAAAGAUGUUGAAAUAAGCAGAAUCCAGUCAGGGGCUUCUGGUAGCAGUGAGAUUUUGUUAGUUCUGAUAAUGAAAUCUGUAGUGAGUAUGAGGAAAAUAUGCCUGGCCAUCAGAAGCCCCAGUUCCCAUCUUGCUAACACAAGGACAGAGUGCACUAGUGGCCAGGGAAGUUUCGUCAAUGUAAAGAAUGUGGAAAACAGAACUAGGCCCAGGAAAAAAAAAAAAAAAAAA